AUGGCAAGAGAAGAAGCUGUUUUAUGCUUCGUGGCUUUCUUUGGCUUCUGGGCUUCUGUAAGGGCUUUGCUUACCCCAAACGGUGUCAACUAUGAAGUGCAAGCCUUGAUGGAUAUAAAGUACUCUUUGAAAGACCCUCAUGGAGUUCUGAAUUGGGAUGAAAAUGCUGUUGAUCCAUGUAGCUGGAGCAUGGUGGGUUGUUCUCGAGAUAAUCUAGUCAUCACGCUAGCAAUUCCAAGCCAAGGUCUGUCUGGCAAAUUAUCUCAUAGUAUUGGCAAUUUGACGCACCUCCAGAGCGUGCUUUUGCAGGAUAAUAGUAUAUCUGGGCCAAUCCCUCAUGAGUUGGGAAGGCUCCAAAAACUUCAAACACUUGAUCUUUCUGAUAACUUGCUUAAUGGAGAAAUUCCCUCUUCUUUAGCUCAAUUGAAGAGCCUCCAAUACCUGAGGUUGAAUAACAACAGUCUCACUGGAGCUAUUCCUUUGUCUCUGGGAAACUUGACUCAGCUGACAUUUCUAGACUUGUCAUUCAAUAAUUUGAUUGGGCCAGUACCAAGGCUUAUUGCAAAAACAUUCAAUGUUUUAGGAAAUCCUUUGAUAUGUCCAACUGGGAAAGAGCCAGCCUGCCAUGGAACUGCACCAAUUCCUCUAUCAUUCACUUUGAAUGAUUCACAAAAUCCGCAGCAAUCAGGAAGGCCAAGUAGUCACAAAGUCGCAUUGGCCUUUGGAUCAAGCCUUGGCUGCAUCUGCCUACUGAUUAUUGGGUUUGGUUUCCUUCUCUGGUGGAGACAUAAACACAACCAGCAGAUAUUCUUCGACAUUAAUGAACAUCAUCAUGAAGAAGUAUGCCUAGGAAACUUGAGAAACUUCCAAUUUAGAGAACUUCAGAUUGCCACAAACAACUUCAGCAGUAAGAACAUACUUGGAAAGGGUGGUUUUGGAAAUGUCUACAAAGGUUAUCUCCAAGAUGGAACAGUUGUAGCAGUAAAACGGCUCAAAGAUGGCAAUAACAUUGGGGGCGAGAUCCAAUUUCAAACAGAAAUCGAGAUGAUCAGCCUAGCAUUGCAUCGAAACCUCCUCAAAUUGUAUGGUUUUUGCUUGACAUCUACUGAAAAACUCUUGAUUUAUCCCUACAUGUCCAAUGGAAGUGUUGCCUCCCGUCUCAAAGCCACACCCCCAUUGGACUGGGGUACGAGGAAACGUAUUGCCGUAGGUGCAGCUAGGGGUUUACUGUACCUUCAUGAACAAUGUGACCCCAAGAUCAUUCACAGGGAUGUAAAGGCUGCAAACAUAUUGCUUGAUGAUUACUAUGAGGCCGUGGUUGGAGAUUUUGGAUUGGCAAAGCUUCUCGACCACAGGGAUUCACACGUCACGACUGCUGUUAGGGGCACCGUAGGGCACAUUGCUCCGGAGUAUCUCUCCACAGGCCAGUCCUCGGAGAAAACAGAUGUUUUCGGGUUUGGAAUUCUUCUGCUAGAAUUGAUCACAGGUCAGAGGGCUCUAGAGUUCGGCAAGCAAGCAAACCAGAAAGGGGCUAUGCUGGAGUGGGUGAAGAAAAUUCACCAAGAAAAGAAGCUUGAUGUACUGGUUGACAAGGAUCUUAAGAACAAUUAUGAUCGAAUAGAACUCGAGGAAAUGGUGCAAGUUGCCCUCUUGUGUACUCAGUAUAUUCCAACCCAUCGGCCGAAGAUGUCUGAAGUAGUUCGAAUGCUUGAAGGAGACGGGCUUGCAGAACGGUGGGAAGCUUCUCAAAGAACCGAGGCUACAAGAUGCAGAGCCAAUGAAUUCUCCUCUUCGGAGAGAUAUUCUGACCUCACGGAUGACUCUUCUCUGCUUGUUCAAGCAAUGGAACUCUCCGGCCCCAGAUGA